GCCUGUACAGGUAGAUAGUCUAUCUAUCUACAUGUACAAUGUCCAAAUCAUAUCAUACAGUAAGUAGCCUAUUGAUUUAUGGGAGGCAAGGAGAGGUGUCUUUCUAGGACAAGGGGCAGUUAUUGUGCCUCUCUCACCUGUCAUCUCACAACAGAAUCAUGCGGAGUUGGCUACAACCCGUAGGCGGAGUCGGCUAAAGUGGGCCUGUCUCCACCCCUUUUAAUACAGAUGGGAUCCUCUGUCCGCCUGGCGUUUAGCACCACCGAGCGAGGCGAGCGAACGGCAGGCAGCGCUGGUAGAGAGCGAGAGAUAGACAGUGACAGUGGCAGAGAGAAAGAGAGAGAGAGAGAGAGCGGCAAAACAACACCAUGACAGCACCGAACACAUACGACGUUAUAGUGAUCGGAGGAGGAAUAUCAGGGCUGAGUGCAGCUAAGCUGUUGAAGGAGAAAGGUCUGAGUCCUGUGGUUCUGGAAGCUAGAGAUCGGGUUGGUGGACGGACCUUCACCGUACGGAAUGAGCAGACUAAGUAUGUUGACCUGGGUGGGGCCUACGUCGGGCCAACUCAGAAUCGGAUCCUCCGAUUGGCUAAAGAAUAUGGAGUCAAGACCUACAAAGUCAACGAGGAGGAGAGGCUGGUGCAUUAUGUAAAGGGGAAGUCCUACCCGUUCACAGGCUCCUUUCCCCCCAUGUGGAACCCAUUCGCCCUGAUGGACUACAACAACCUGUGGAGGAAGAUGGACGAGAUGGGCAGCGAGAUCCCCAGAGAGGCUCCCUGGAGGGCUCCCCAUGCUGAGGAGUGGGACAAGAUGACCAUGAAGCAACUCUUUGAGAAGAUCUGCUGGACCAGUUCUGCGAGGCGGUUCGCCACUCUGUUUGUGAACGUAAAUGUGACCUCUGAACCCCACGAGGUGUCUGCCCUGUGGUUCCUCUGGUACGUCAAGCAGUGCGGAGGGACCAUGAGGAUCUUCUCCACCACCAAUGGAGGACAGGAGAGGAAGUUUGUGGGCGGUUCCAGCCAGAUCAGUGAGUGUAUGGCCAAAGAGCUGGGUGAGCGGGUCAAGAUGGAGUCUCCUGUCUACAAGAUCGACCAGACAGGGGACAUGGUCGAGGUCGAGACGCUCAACAAGGAAACAUACAAGGCCAAGUAUGUGAUUGUGGCGACCCCUCCUGGUCUGAACCUGAAGAUGCACUUUAACCCCGAGCUGCCCCCGCUCAGAAACCAGCUGAUCCACAGAGUCCCCAUGGGCUCUGUCAUCAAAUGUAUGGUCUACUACAGAGAAAACUUCUGGAGGAAGAAAGGGUACUGUGGCACUAUGGUGAUCGAGGAGGAAGAGGCCCCCAUUGGCUUGACUCUGGAUGACACGAAGCCUGAUGGGACUGUGCCCGCCAUUAUGGGCUUCAUCCUGGCCCGCAAGUGCAGGAAGCUAUGUGGACUGACCAAGGAGGAGAGGAAGAAGAGGAUCUGUGAGAUCUACUCAAGAGUUCUGGGCUCAGAGGAGGCUCUGCAUCCUGUGCACUACGAGGAGAAGAACUGGUGUGAGGAGGAAUAUUCUGGAGGCUGCUACACUGCUUACUUCCCCCCUGGUAUACUCACCCAGUACGGCAAGGUUCUCAGGGAGCCAGUAGGCAGACUGUACUUUGCAGGAACAGAGACAGCUACUGAGUGGAGUGGCUACAUGGAGGGGGCUGUACAGGCUGGGGAGAGGGCCGCCAGAGAGGUCAUGUGUGAAAUGGGCAAUAUUCCUCAGAGUCAGGUCUGGCAAACAGAGCCUGAGUCAGUGGAAGUCCCAGCACUCCCGUUCGUCACCACCUUCUGGGAGCGAAACCUUCCAUCUGUGGGCGGGUUCAUCAACUUCCUGGGCAUAGCCUCUGUCCUGUCCGUUGCCACGGCAGCAGGCAUGUUGGCCUAUCAGAAGGGGCUUCUCACCCGGAGCUAAACCUAAACCCCUCCCACCUCCCUCAUCCUUCUGUCCUGCAUCUCCAGAGGGCAAUUCUCCAACGGUACCCUAUUCCCUUUACAGUGCACUUCUUUUGACCACAUAGGGUCUAAAGUGAUGCACUAUAUAGGGAACACGGUGCAAUGUGAGACGUAGCCACUCUGUGUCAUAGGCCUUGGUAAAGACAGUUCUGUCAUUCACUACUGUACCAUCCAUUGUUCUAAAAACCUCCAUCCUCGACACAGUGUCCCGACAGAGCAUCUCUCGAAACCAGCUCACACUAAUAUGGUCUGUUCUGCUAAGAUUGCUCUUUGACACCUUAGAGUUGUGAUGGAAGAUGAGAGAGAGAGCGAGAGAGAGAGAAUCCCCAGCCAAAAAAACUCUGUGAUUCAGACUCAAACCAAUGAAUGAUGACAACUAAAUCAGAGUUAUUAAAAGAGACAAACAGUAGCUUUCCCGAUGACCGUUAUCAUUCAAGAAAUUGCCAAUACAUUCACAAAUCUGCAUUGAUUGUUUGAGAAUAGUCAGGAGACUCAUUUCUGUGUGUGUGUGUGUGUGUGUGUAGUGUGUGUGUGUGUUAAUUACCUAUGCUGAUUUUAGGUGCUGACUAAUCUGAUCUCUAAUGUCAUAGAAGCUGUAACCAGCUCUAAGAUUAAGUUUAGUAACGUCAUAGUAACAGUUUAGCAACGUCAUAAUAUUGUCAGAAUACCUGCGUGAUUAAUGUAUCCAGAAUCCUGCAUCCAGAGAUGUUGUGUCUCCAUUACGCCUGCUCGCAACAGUCAUAGUAUUCCUUGUAAAGAGAAUGGACGCAUUUGAAUGUAUUCUCCCGAUUUAGAUGAUUUACGUCUAAUCUCCUAUGAGUAUAUUUGAAAUAUUAUGCAUUUCAUUUAAUUUUUGCCAUAGAUUACAAUGAGGUUCGAUCCUCGAUGAUAGUCCUAAACUUUGUGUUGAAGAUACCCAUUAAGAGCCCAUCCUUUUAUUGUCUGGGACCAUUUUUAAGAAUACUGAACUAAACAAAAUACUAAGAAUAUUACCACAGUAAUACAAAAAUAUCAUAUUCUUCUCUCGUCUAUGAUAUCAGUAGGUAGAGCUCCAUCCAUUAUUUCACACAACCUGUGUGUGUGUGUGUGCGUGUGUCUCUCUGUGUGUGUGUGCGUGUGUCUCUCUGUGUGUGUUUAUGGAAAGACCUUAUUUGGAACCAUUCUAUUUAAAUGCUCUCAUUGCUACAUAUUGAGAUGCUCUACUUGAUUUAUCAUAGAAAUAUUUAAGGCAGUGUUUAUUUAGCCACCUACCCAUUAGUCAGCUAAAUAAACACUGCCUAUAUUUAAACUUAUGGUAUUGAUUAGCCCAUGUAUUUCUGCUGAAGCCAGAGCAUACCCUAUGAAAGUGGCACAUAAUUUUAGUUUUUUUUUAAUGGUCUUCAAUGUGCAAAAACAUAAGGCAAUGGUCUUCAUGCCAAAUACUUAAUAAAAGUAAAGUGUAAGUAAAUUCAUCCACAAACACAAAUAUAAUUUUAUAUGCAUCUUAAAUGAUCGCGUUUUUCUAAAAUGUUAUGAUAUAAUCAUCAAGCCCAUUCAAAAGAUUAGGGGACAUCACCCCAAAGUAAAGUAGAAGGUGCGGUUACUUUCAGAGGGUGUUGAGCUAUCUUCUAACUAUGGCUAAUUUUCCCAUGAUACUGAAUAAGUCCAGUUUCACAGUAUUUUCAGCAGAUAUUCUUCUCUUUGCCUAACAAAUAUGUAUGGAACAGAUUUCUAUCCACUAAUAAAGAUCCCACUACUUUUGAUUUAGGACACACAAAAAAUAACAAGACAACAGUGGAAGAAAAUAAAAUGUGAGUGAAAUAACAUAAAUAUCUAGAUCUAUAGAUGAACAGAAUUACUGCUCUGAGUAGAUAAGAGAAUCAACCUGUAAGCUCAUCUGUUCCGAAGCGUACUGUACGGUCGGUCGUACGUUGAGUGGUGGAUCAUCACUGUGUUGUCCCUAAAGACGUGCGUACAUCGUGAGUGUAGUCCAUCUUGCCUUAAUUUAAGUCGUGGUGUUUUGACAUUUUUCAAGUGCCUGUGUGACCAUGACACUGGUCCCCUGUCCCCGUCUCCCGCUGUCCCCCCCUGCCUGGUUCAUUCCCUGUCCCCGUCUCCCGCUGUCCCCCCCUGCCUGGUUCAUUCCCUGUCCCCGUCUCCCGCUGUCCCCCCUGCCUGGUUCAUUCCCUGUCCCCGUCUCCCGCUGUCCCCCCCUGCCUGGUUCAUUCCCUGUCCCCGUCUCCCGCUGUCCCCCCCUGCCUGGUUCAUUCCCUGUCCCCGUCUCCCGCUGUCCCCCCCUGCCUGGUUCGUUUGGCAUUAACUAGAGCUGCAACCUCAUUGGCCAUUCUUGGAUUGGAUGUCUUAAUUUCUUUCUUUUUUAAUAUAUUUUUUUAAUUAUGUGUGUAUUGUUACUUUAUUGCUGCACUGUUGGAGCUAGAAACACAAGCGUUUCGCUGCACCAGCGAUAACAUCUGCAAAAAUGUGUACGCGACCGAAUAAACUUUGAUUUCAUUUUGACACCUUCCUGGGCCAAUGACUGAGCUCUGUUUCCUGCAGGCCAGCCUCUGAGGCUAAACAAACAAUCGUGCUAACAUCCAUGAUGCUACAGUUAGCUUUCUAACACCAUUUGUGUAUGUGUGAGUCUUAAAAUGGCAGACUGUGAACUGUGCCCAUCCAUCUCUAACUAGGCUAUCUAUCUAGAUGUUCUGUUCUGUAAUGUUGUUAUUGCUGUACUCCUCUGAUAUCCCAUCUAUCCCUUAGCUUAACUUAGUUUAUAUCCUACAAUGGCACUAAACUUUAACCCCUACCCCAAGGCCCCAAAGCGUUUCUUAUUUUUGCACUUGAUUCACCUCAAAGUAACUUUUGCUCAGAGGCCUGGUUGUAACUAGAAUCUGACGAGUAGGGAUUGGACGAUGAUGUCAAAAAAGAUCUCAACAUUUUCGAAGAAGUAUAGUAGAAGUUGGUUCUGACUGAAAACACGUGAACGGAACUACAGGAACCAACUGGAACCAGCUGCUCCCUGGUGUCCAGUGUCCUGGUUCCCUGUAUGACAUCAUCUGUGUCCUGGUGUCCUGUAUGACAUCAUCAGUGUCCUGGUUCCCUGUAUGACAUCAUCAGUGUCCUGGUAUCCUGUAUGACAUCAUCAGUGUCCUGGUUCCCUGUAUGACAUCAUCUGUGUCCUGGUGUCCUGUAUGACAUCAUCAGUGUCCUGGUUCCCUGUAUGACAUCAUCAGUGUCCUGGUUCUCUGUAUGACAGCAUCCGUGUCCUGGUGUCCUGUAUGACAUCAUCAGUGUCCUGGUUCCCUGUAUGACAUCAUCAGUGUCCUAUCCCUCUCUGUGACUGGUUCUAGGCCUGAUACCGUGUGUUCUAGCCCAUCCCUCUCACUGUCUGGCUGUGUGUAUGAAAUGUCAAACCUUCUAAUCGUCUAAUUGCAUUCUUUGAUGUCAUUAUGUGAUUUCUCUACAAAGCUGGUGAUAAAAACAUUUAAUUUACCUCCUA